AUGCUCGCGGUGGACAUUUCAAUCCAGCCAGGAGGCCUUAAAGUCACGAUUGGGCACCUGUUUCGGAAUCAUUCAUUGCCAUCGCGUAGGAACCAGUUCCAGGCAUGCAUCUCCUGGCCAGCUUCCCUGCAUGCACAGGCCUUGGCCACACGUACAGAGUGCAUCCUCAGGAUUAAUUUGUUCAAGCCACAUCAUGUGUCUGUUUCUGGCUGUUGCUCUUUGGUUUCUCCACCCUCUUGCCCAUCCACCCUCCGUUCUCUCCAUACUCUCCACAUUUCCAUGCUCGCCUGGCUCACCUCAGUUCGGCUUUCGCCUCGAUUCGCGUCGCAACGACCGCUUUCGUAA